AUGACCCUCGACGCACACCCCUUUGCGAACGCGUCCCCGCCACCCACCGCACCGACCCACCGCCGCCUGCCUUCCUCAACCUCCGAGACAGCGCUCUUCAAGCCCACACAGCCCCGCGCAGCUCCUCCCCCCGCCCAGCCACGCAAAGUUCGCCCUUUCAUCCUGCGCGGACAGGCAAAGGGCAAGGAGAACGAUGCGCGGGAGGUCAAGGGCAAGGACACGCAGGGCGGAAUGAGGAGGAGCAAGACGAGUCACGAUAUUGAGGCGAGUGCGGGCGGGCGGGUUGCGCCUUCGACGGCGGAGGAGAGUCUGAGGAGCGUCAGGGGCCAGCACGGGGCGAGUGACGCGCCGACGAGGAGAAAGUCCGGCUUGGCUAUGACUUCCGGGUCGAGGACGCCUCGCUCCGCUUCUCCUGCUCCUGCGCAUGCGGCACGACGAGCGGAGGAACGCUCCUCGCGCACGUUGCGGACGGAAGACGCGGAGGAACCGCAACGACGCCCUUCUCCCCGUCCGCUUUCGCUCGCCGCGUCCUCUCUCCGUGCCCUCUCGUCCGCUUCUUCCUCUACCGCCUCCUCCGUACGACCUUCCCUGCGCGCCACCUCCUCCACCAGGCGAAUCUCCUACGUCGUCCCCUCCUCCCCCUCUCCCUCUCCCGCUCCGUCGCCCUCUAACGCAGCCUCCGCCUCUCCUCGCUCACCAAACCUCGGGCAAGACCCAUCAAAGCUUGAGCGGGUGGAGAAACACAAGAUCGAGUUGAAGAGGCAGAUGGUAGCGAAGCGAAGGGAGGCGGUCACUAGCUUUCAGGACAAGGACGAACCUGCUCACCUCACGAGCAGCCCAGCAGCUCUGCCUUCGGUCUUGCCCCCCACUCCACCUUCCCUCCCCUCCACCUCCGUCCCUCCACCUCCGAACGCACUCGAAACUCCCCGCCGCCCUCUACACGAAACAGGCGCGAGAGAGAGGAAGAGGGAUAUGUAUGGCGAAUUGGGGCUCGGCUUUGGGGCGAUCGAAGGUGCUGGAGGAGAGGAGGAGGUGGCGAGGGAGGAGAGGGCUGGGUACAGUAGUUUGCAGGAGCUACUCGAGCGACAUGGCUACGCCGACACUCGAGUAAUCACGCCUCAAUCGACUCUCGCCCGACCAACAGCAUCCACCUCCGCAACUCAUCCUAUCGAUGACGCCCCUCCCUCGCCUACGCCCAUUCGGGCACCAUCCCCCGCCCCUCCCACCAAAGCGACCGCCUCGCUUGCCCCGCCCGCCCCGCAGCAACUGAAAGACCGCCCCUCGCUCCUCUCCCUCCGCGGUCUCUUCUCCCUCUUCGGCUCGCCCAACCCCGACUCCUCGUCCUCUUCACCCGAAACCGCUCCGCCCCUCCCCUCCCCAACAAGUUCAGGCUCGACAGCCCGCGCAGCAGACGCCGACGCCGACACCUCCUCAGUCCACCACGUCGUUCUUUCCACUCCUCCUCCUUCGUCUUCCGUCCAGCCUCGGCGGAUGAGGACGACAAGCGAGAUGCAUCGCUGGGUUUCGGGAGUUAACGAGGCUAUCCGCCCUCAUCCGCAUCCGUUGUCGAGGGUAUCGACUUCGCUCGACUCGGAUGCGCGGACGCCCGAGUUGUGCUUCGACCUCGCUCCAGGAGCGACGGAUGCAGAGGAAGAGGAGGAUGCGAGGAGUUAUUCGUCAAGCGUGUCGUUCGAGUUGGCGACGAGGACGCCGCAGAGCAACUUCCGCGGCGCGAUGGGCAUGGGCGCGGGGGAAGGGUACCUCUCUCCUCCUUGGGGCGGAGGGAACAACGAGCUUGUUGCGCCGUUUGGGCUCGACGCGGCUUCGAAGCGCACCUCCCUCCGCCACACGGUGUCCGACUCGAACCUCCUCCCCGCCUAUCAGUCCUUUGCGGGUCUAGGCAUCCAGGUACCGCCUUCUCCGCCUCGCGUCGUACCGAGCGAAGCCGAGCAGGCGGAGGAGAAGGAGCAGAGGAGGCCGCCUACGCCUGUCGCGAGCGGGAGGUUGUGGUGGGCUCCUGCAACUCUCCUCCGGGAACGCGCGUCGCAGCUGUUCUUCCCUCCCUCCUCUUCCUCGCCCAGCGCCUCCGCUUCGCCAGCGCUUUCAGCAGCCCCCUUCCCCCGCUCCCCCAUCGACGCUGCAACGGGCCGCUCUCUCCUGCCCUCCUCCUCUUCUCGCCCGCUGCACACCCGCCGCUCCCAGCCCCAACUCCUCCGCCGCGCCAUCUCCACCGCCGGCCUUGUCGCCCCCGCAACAGUGAGGCAAAUCCGUGUGGUCGCGAAGAGCUCGAGGGAUAGUUUGGGCAGCUUGGAGAGUUGUGUGUUGGUUGGGGGGAGCGUGAGUGGCGAUGAGGGCGAGAGGGAGGGAGAGACGGUGCCCAGCUGGGGGGAGGAUCUGCUGGGACGGAGGUGGUGA